CUCGUAUUCGCCCAAGUUCGGAUACUCCUGCGACUUCAUCGCGCUUUCUUGUCCCAGCUCGACCAUGUCCUCGGAAGAACCAACAUUAGACACGCUGAAAGGAUAUAAGGAAGGGCUCAUCGCGGCAGCGAACGCGAGGGACAAGGCUGCUCUCCUGAAUAUCCUUCAUGAACUGGAUGUAUACUCAAAGCCGCCCGAGGCACUCGGGCCCAGUCUCCUCGGAUUGACAGUCGGCAAGCUUCGCUAUCACGAGACGGAAGAAGUAAGCGAGCGGGCCAAGGCCCUCGUCGCGCGUUGGAUGGCGGCCGCGCCUGCGCGGAAGCGGCAAGAGUCGCUUUCAACUCGGAAGUCGACGCAAAUUUCGCAGCAAGAGGGUCUGCGACGUUCUGGUUCGAAUGUGACUCGGAGGCUUUCUGCGAAGAGAACGGCAUCUUCUCGUCAGCCUUCGAAUGCGACGAGGGAGCAGACAUCUGCCUCCACCCACUCUGACGCGGCGCCCAAGGAGAACAUGGGACCGCCCCUUGAGCCCGUCUCGCGAGGCCGGACCCUCGCGCGCGACGACAAGAAAAAGGCCUCCGCCUCCGCCUCGUUGUCAACGCGUAACGCAUCCCAAGGCACACCACGCGCAUCUGAAGCCAUGUCCGUUGACCGCGCACCUUCCUCGACACCGCCUACGCGCAGCUUCGCGACGGACGACCUAGGUGACGCCUCUUCGCUGCACGACGUGCCCCUCCGCGCGCUCACGAUCGAGCUGCUUUAUGAUGCUCUGGCUUCGGGCGCGGGAGAUAUGCCCUCCGACACCAUACUACCACUCGCCACCGCCAUCGAGGACGGCAUAUACCUGGGAACAGGCUCGAGCGAGGACGCAUACGUGGGAUGCGCGCACCUAGCAUUCAUUGCGUUGAGUGCAGCGUCCACCAUGUCGACGAUGCGGCGCGACCUGUUGGCAGGUAUCGUCAGUGCGGACGACUUCGUGGAUCAGAUAGUCAGCGAGGCAUCGCAAGGGACCUAGGAAGUUGUGCUCAGAGUGUAUGCUUUUGUACCACCGAUGGGUACUUGCAGUACUACCAAUGGGUACUUACCGCCCAUCCCUACGUCUCGUCGUGGUGGGGACACUUAGACUCCCAACUGUGUUGACGUGUCCGAUGAAGGCGUUGCCAUUGACGAGACGAUACCCUCUUGAUGCUGGCCUUCGCAAAUACUCUUAUGUAGGACGAGACGAAGGCGAGAACAUGUUCAUAUUGGCAUAGACGAGGUCAUAUUACAGGAAACAUGAUGUACACGUCGAAAAUCAUAACAUGAGCCAAGUACGCUUGAUACCUACGCUGUCAAAGUUAGCAAAACGUACC